AGCCGGCGGCCGCCGAGGAGCGGGCGGAGGGGAGGCGCCGGGAGCAGGGGACCUGCUCGCUCAGAGAGAAAGUAAACCCAGAACAUUGCCAAACCUGUCUUAAUGUGCCAGAGAUCAGGAAGACUGAACCAAGCCAUGGUGGAGCUCCCUGGGAAAGAGUCUGUCCAGUCCAUCGGUGCCCUAUCACUGCAUCUCCCAGCUUGGUGAGAGGUCGUCUGCCUUCCUCCAGCCGCAUGCUUGGACCAAUGUCUGUUCAAUCCAAUGGUCAGGUGCCAUCCAGCUCCCAGGACUCACAUCAACAUCACCUAUAUUACCAUUGCAACCAGCAAGAACCUAGAGACAGCUAUGCCUUGCCCCCACUGCCAGGGCAUGGAGAGAGGGCCACUUUGUGCUCCCACCAUUCCAGUGGGAAUUCUUUACCAGCUUCCCACCACGAGACCUCUGAAAGUCAAUGGAAACAGUGGUCACAUGACCAGCAGCAGUCACGACCAGUGCAGCACCACAUUGUAACAGUCAGACAUGACAAAGCUUUCAGGAUGCCAAAAAGUUAUUCCCAGGUGAUUGCUGAGUGGCCAGUAGUUGUCCUUGUGCUCUGUUCGGUGACCGUUCUGGUUUGUACUUUAGCUGGCCUGCUAGUUGGAAAUCUGCCAGAUUUUUCAGAACCCUUGAUGGGAUUUGCGCCUCGAGAUACUGACAUUGGCAGAAAACUCAUUGUCUGGAAGAAUGUACAAACCCAUACGGGCUAUCAGAAGACCCUUUUGCUUUCUCCCUACACUGAAAAGAACAGCUAUGGUGACGUUGGUAUUAACAGAGGGCAGAGGUUUAUCCAUGGCGAACAAGAAGCAAGAACAAGACGGAUGGUAGAACAAGACUAUGGAAAGGACAGUUUCUUUUGUGGCCCCCCAGGAAAGAGUUACUCUCAGCUGGUGUUUAUGUCCACAACUGCUGGGAGUUUGUGGAACUUGCAAGCGAUUCAGUCCAUGUGUCAAAUUGAACAGGACAAGAUCCGCUCACAUGCUCAUUUUGGGAAUCUCUGUCAACGUACUGAAGGCAAUGAAUGCUGCCCAAGCUGGUCUCUGGGUAACUAUAUUGCUGUCCUUCACAACAGAUCUUCUUGUUUGGAGAUAACUCAAGCAGAUGUCUCCCACACCCUGGCACUCCUCCGUUCCUGUGCCCCAGACUACCACAAAGGUAUCCUUAUUCCUUCUUGCAUAGGUCCCAGGACUGGAAGAGAGAAACACUCUCAGUGUGCCAAAGUACCAGAAAAAUGUACCCGGUUCAGUGGUAUUUACCAGCUUCUUCACUUCUUGGUUGACAGAGACUUUCUCAGUCUUCAGACAAUGGAAUAUCAAGUGCCAUCACUGAAAUACAGCCUGCUGUUUUUGCCUACAAAGAAAGGAGCAUCUAUGAUGGAAAUCUACCUGGACAACCUGGAGUCAUGGGACCUGUUUGAUAAUUACACAUCAAUCACUGGAAUGGACCUGGGUCUUAAACAGAAACUAUUCCAGCACUAUCUUCUACUGGAUACCAUGUAUCCAGUCCUGGCAAUAUUAGCCAUUUUUCUAAGUAUGACUUUUUAUUUACGCUCAAUCUUUAUUACUUUUAUGGUCCUUAUGAUUGUUGUCAGUUCUUUGAUGAUCUCCUUCUUCUUGUAUAAGGUGGCCUUCAGAUUCACCUACUUCCCUUUUGUAAACCUGACAGCAGUUGUCAUUCUCAGUAGCAUUUGCGCAAAUCACACCUUUGUGUUUUUUGAUCUCUGGAGCCUCAGCAAGAGCCAGAAUCCUUCUGCAGGCCUCCUGCAGUGGAUGAGCCAAACCAUGCACCACUUUGGGUAUCUCAUGCUGGCGUCUUCCUUUACAACAGGUGCUGCUUUCUAUGCCAGCUAUAUGAGCAAUAUAAUUGCCAUCUGCUGUUUUGCCAUCUAUAUGGGCACCUGUGUAUUGGUGAAUUUAGUAUUCAUGGUAACUUGGCUUCCAUCUUCUGUUGUGUUGUAUGAACGCUACAUAGCAACAAACUGCAUUUAUAAACCAGAAGACUAUUGGAACUAUAGUGGGCAUAAAAGAGUUAUUUUCUCUCUCCAUCAUAUACUCAGGGGUCUCCAGAAUACCUUGUGUGAAACCUCCAAGCUGUUAUUUGAGAAGAUUCUUCCAUGUGGUGUUAUAAAGUUUCGUUACAUUUGGAUCUGCUGGUUCACAGCCUUGGCAAUAGGGGGUGCCUACAUUUCCUGUUUUAAUCCUAAACUAAAACUCCCCAGUUUAGAGAUGCCAUCUGUCCAGAUGUUUAGGUUAAGCCAUCCCUUUGAGAGAUAUGAUGCAGAAUACUGUCACCAGUUCAUGUUUGAGAGGCUGGAGCAUGGAGAAGGACAACACAUGCCCAUCACUAUAGUCUGGGGCAUACUGCCUGUGGACAACGGGGAUCAUUUCAAUCCUAAGAGCAAUGGCACGCUGGUGAAAGAUACCACAUUUACAAUCCAAAAUCCUGAAGCUCAAAACUGGCUCUUGGAGUUCUGCCAAAAAGUGAAGAAUCAAACUUUCUACUAUUCUGAUCUGGAGCAGAAAUCUACAGUUUGUUUCAUGGAGGAGUUUCACACGUGGAUGGACAGUCGCCAGUGCUCCCAGCAAGAUCACAGCUUCAAUCUCUGCUGUAACCACUUCCCCUUCCCCUAUGGAAGCGAAGUCUUCCUGCACUGCAUCAAAAUGAUGAUCAUGGAACAAGGCAGAGAUGGGGCUGAAACCUAUGAUUUGGGUCUUAGAUUUGAUGGAGAGGGAAACCUAAUUGCCUUGGUGCUACAGUUUCAAACUAUUUAUCACUACAGCUUCAACUACAGCAAAGCCAAACAAUUCUACAAUGAAAUUGGCCACUGGAUAACAGAGGAAAUGAAAACUGCCCCCAUGGGGCUUCAGAAUGGAUGGUACACCAGUAAACUAGAGCUAUAUAAUCUCCAGCACAGUCUUAGCACAGAGACAAUGGUGGUCAUAGGACUAUCCAUAACCAUCUCUUUUGUGGUGCUGCUGCUCACCACCUGGAAUGUUAUUCUUAGCAUAUUCUCUGUUACAGCUAUCACAGGCACUGUCCUGGUAACUGUUGGACUUUUGGUGCUGUUGGAAUGGCAGCUCAAUGCAGUGGAGUCUCUCUUCAUUUCAGCAGCAGUAGGCCUCUCCACUGACUUUACAGUGAACUACUGUAUUUCCUACCACUUGUGCCCACAUUCUGAUCGCCUGAGCCGAGUGGCCUUCUCUCUGAAGCAGAUGAGCUGUGCCACUGCUAUGGUGGCAUCUGCUCUGUUUUCUGCAGGUAUCAUCAUGCUGCCUGCCACAGUGCUGGCAUACCGGAAGCUGGGGAUAUUCAUAAUGAUGAUCAAGUGUAUCAGCUGUGGAUUUGCCAGCUUCUUUUUUCAGUCUCUAUGCUGCUUCUUUGGCCCAGAGAAGAACUGUGGUCAGAUCCUUUGGCCUUGCACCUAUGCCUUGAAGGACUAUUCUGAUGACUCCAGGCCAAACGGAAGCUUUAACUGUGGGGGAGAAGAGAAGCAGAACAGAUUACGGAAGGUGCAAGAGUCUAACACUGCAAAUGAACAGUAUGAGCUCCAGCCCUUGGCCAGAAAACUUAGUGACAGUUUUGACAACAGCACUUCCACAAGCAAACUGUCUAAUCGUCCUUCUGUCCUGUCUGAAGACAUACAGCUCCAAGACAGCAGGUGUCCCAGAAUAGGAAUCCAUCCUUCUCUUGAAACAGACAGACAGAAUCUGCAGGAGACUCUAAUGGACCACCGUGUAGAUCUUUGUCAGUGCCCUGCCUUGCAAACAUCUUCUCCUUACAAACAUAGCAGCUCGGGAGCAGAAGCAGAAAUUCAUGGAGAGAGGCUCUGCAGGGAUUGUAGAUGUCAAAAAUAUGGUCCAAAAGCCUGGGAUGGAUACAUGCUGGAUUAUCUUUAUUCAGCCAGCAUGAAAGAUGAAGGACAGUUAAAUAAAUCUCAGUGUUCUAGAGACACUGCUCAACAACAGUCAGAUUAUACCUCAGAAAAUACUAAUAUCCCUGAAGCUGAAAUUUACAAAUUUCACAGAGGCCUUUGUUCUCAUAGCAGUUCUUUCAAUGUGCUCAACGUCUCAAGUGAGAUCUCUCUCAGUGAUUUUGAGCAGAGCAUAAAACUUGCUGAGUCAGCCAGUUCUUGUCCCAAUGUCUUAGAUGUGUCUGAUUCCUGCUGUGCAGCAGAGAGAGGUCACCUGAAUGGGAAGAGAGAGACCCUGAGGUUGGACCUGAGAGAGACCGUCUUUGACGUAUCUCUACCAGCAUCCCAGCAAAACAGCUCUUCUUGGAAAAACCGAUUGGGAUUAGGGAGUGAAGGUCCCGUUGUUUUACCAAACAGCCAACCAGACAUGCCUGAUGUUUGGAUCAAACGAUCCAGUGCACAAAAUUCUGGUUACAGCAGCUGAAAUCUCCAAGAAAGUAAAACUCAAUUACAGAAGAAAACAGGAAAUAAACCUCCUAUUUACACUGUAAAUAUAAAAUCUUUCCUCCCUUCCCUCUUUGAGCUAGGUAUUUCAGCUGUAGAGAUGCCUACAUUUUCACUGAGUCAGCAAAUCUGAUAUUAGAAAAAAAUGAGGAUUAGAGGUGAAUUUUAAUGCAGUAAAAAAAUGUUGACCAUCCAGCAGCCCGUGCCAUAUUCACAUUUGUACUUUUUGACAUUCCCUAUAGUGAUUAGAUUUUGUUUUCCUGCCAAGUACAAGAAAGAAGGGGAUAAUGAUUAAAGAAUUGACUCUCUCUAGAUAUUUAAAGAAAUAAAUCCCAUGUAGAAAAAUAUCUAUAAUUGUUAAUCAUUGGAAUCUGGCUAAUGGCUGGAAAGAGAACUGUUUCCUGUUGAAGCAGAUCUCUGUUUUUAUUAGCAGUCCAGGUUUACAAAUUUCCCCAAAGGAAUUGUAUUCAGAUAUUUGUUUAAAUCUGUCCAGUGAGUGUUUUUCAACUGGUGUGGUCUGUUACUCUUCAAUGAGAAGACUAUAUAUAGUCCAGCCCCAAAUAUCUUUCAGAUCAAGAUUUCAGCUGGUUUCACUGGAGGGAACUCCUUCUGACACUGCUUCAACGUGGGGUUUUCCUUGACAGAAAGCCAUCUCCUUGUCCUCUGUGACUUGGGCAGCUAGUGUUUCAUGUUCACAGCUAGUUUCUAUCCCAGUCAAAAAUGUAAAAAUAUUUUUAAAGUUGGCAUAUUUGCUGAAUCUUGAAUUUUACUUUUUUCUUUACCAGAACCACAAAAGACAAAGAACCACGUCUUUAUUUGUUACAAUAAGAAAAAGCUUUCUCUCUAAAAGUCAGCAUAAAAAUAAAUAUUUAUGACAAACUCUCCUGAACACUGUCAUACCUUGUGCCUUUGCUAUGAAUAUUGUGAUUCAUUUUCUGUAUGUUGUACAUGCCUAAUGUGUUUUCCUAUGGCAUCAGCAAGAGAAAA